AGCGAAAACCCUUUGGCUUUGACAGCCACCACCACAAGUCUUUCCGCCUCCCCGGGCUGCCUGGGAGCUGGGAGCUGGGAGCUGGGAUUAUGGUGGCCUGAACAGCAAACGCAGCCGCAGGAGCCUGGAGCCCCUGACCCUUCCCCUGCCGCCACCCCGCCAGAAAGACCAAGGAAGCAGCCUCGGACCUGCCAUGCCCGCCCCGCCCAGCCCCCCGGGGGGCCCGAGCCGGCCUCUCCCGGACCACCGCUGAGGCUGGACCACCAGCCAGAUGUAGCCGGGCUCCGGAGCCGUCUCCUCCCCUCCUGUCUCUGAGGAUCUCUCCUGCCUGAUCCCCACCUCCUGGCCCAGGGGCCGACCGAGGGGCCUGCAGGCUCUGGAGCCCUGAUGCCUUCCUGCUCACUCUCCUGAGAAGCCACCUCUAGCACCCAGAGUUGGGGGCAGGCCCCAGGGACGGACGUGGGCCAAAGUGAGCCCAGAGUGCCCCAAGGCCAGGGCCCACCAUGGCCCAAGCGCUGCCCUGGCUACUUCUGUGGAUGGGCUCCGGGGUGCUGCCUGCCCACGGCUCCCAGCCCGGUAUCCGGCUGCCCUUGCGAAGCGGGCUGGGGGGCGCCCCCCUGGGGCUGCGGCUGCCCCGGGAGGCCGACGAGGAGUCCGAGGAGCCCGGCCGGAGGGGCAGCUUUGUGGAGAUGGUGGACAACCUGAGGGGCAAGUCCGGCCAGGGCUACUACGUGGAGAUGACCGUGGGCAGCCCCCCACAGACGCUCAACAUCCUGGUGGACACAGGCAGCAGUAACUUUGCAGUAGGGGCCGCCCCCCACCCUUUCCUGCACCGCUACUACCAGAGGCAGCUGUCCAGCACGUACCGGGACCUCCGGAAGGGCGUGUAUGUGCCCUACACCCAGGGCAAGUGGGAGGGGGAGCUGGGCACCGACCUGGUGAGCAUCCCCCACGGCCCCAAUGUCACCGUGCGUGCCAACAUUGCUGCCAUCACGGAAUCAGACAAGUUCUUCAUCAAUGGCUCCAACUGGGAGGGCAUCCUGGGGCUAGCCUACGCGGAAAUCGCCCGGCCCGAUGACUCCCUGGAGCCGUUCUUUGACUCCCUGGUGAAGCAGACCCACGUGCCCAAUCUCUUCUCCCUGCAGCUCUGCGGCGCUGGCUUCCCCCUCAACCAGUCGGAAGCGCUGGCCUCAGUUGGAGGGAGUAUGAUCAUUGGGGGUAUCGACCACUCACUGUACACGGGCAGCCUCUGGUACACUCCCAUUAGGCGGGAGUGGUAUUAUGAGGUGAUCAUCGUCCGGGUGGAGAUCAAUGGACAGGAUCUGAAAAUGGACUGCAAGGAGUACAACUAUGACAAGAGCAUCGUGGACAGUGGCACCACCAACCUUCGUUUACCCAAGAAAGUGUUCGAAGCUGCUGUCAAAUCCAUCAAGGCAGCCUCCUCGACGGAGAAGUUCCCAGAUGGUUUCUGGCUAGGGGAGCAGCUGGUGUGCUGGCAAGCAGGCACCACCCCGUGGAACAUUUUCCCAGUCAUCUCACUCUACCUAAUGGGUGAGGUCACCAACCAGUCCUUCCGCAUCACCAUCCUUCCACAGCAAUACCUGCGGCCAGUGGAAGAUGUGGCCACCUCCCAAGACGACUGUUACAAGUUCGCCAUUUCACAGUCAUCCACUGGCACUGUCAUGGGAGCGGUCAUCAUGGAGGGCUUCUACGUUGUCUUUGAUCGGGCCCGGAAACGAAUUGGCUUUGCUGUCAGUGCUUGCCAUGUGCACGAUGAGUUCAGGACAGCGGCGGUGGAAGGCCCUUUCGUCACCCCCGACAUGGAAGACUGUGGCUACAACAUCCCACAGACGGAUGAGUCGACCCUCAUGACCAUAGCCUACGUCAUGGCCGCCAUCUGUGCUCUCUUCAUGCUGCCCCUCUGCCUGAUGGUGUGCCAGUGGCGCUGCCUCCGCUGCCUGCGCCAUCAGCACGACGACUUUGCUGAUGACAUCUCCCUGCUGAAGUGAGGAGGCCUGCAGGCAGGAGCGAGAGAUACCCCCAAACCACAUCUGGUGGUUCACUUUCGUCACGAGGAGGAGACACAGACGGUACCUGUGGCCAGGGCACCUCAAGAGCCUCGCCCACCCACAAAUGCCUCUGUCUUGACAGAGAAGAAGGAAACGCUGGCAAGGUGGGUUGCAGGGACUGCACCUGUAGGAACCAGGACAGGGAAGAAAGAAGUACUCUGCCAGCGGGAAUCCUCUUGGUCACCUCAAACUUGAGUUGGGAAAUCCUGCUCCUUGAAACUUCAGCCCUGAACCUUUGACCACCAUCCCUUUAUAGAGUCUCCAACCCAAAGUAUUCUCCUUUUCUUACUUCUGCAAGUAAGGUGACCCGCCCACAGGUGUCUCUGCAGUACCCUGGCAGAGCAAGGGCCAAUCUUGUUUCCCUGCUGGCCAGUCAGCGGGAGUGGAUGGAUGCACAGUUUGCUACUUGCUUUAGAGAUAGGGACUGUAUAGACAAACCUAACCUUGGUGCAAAGACUGCCUCUUGAAUUAAAAAAUAAUUAAAAAACAAUUUGUACAAAUAAUUUGUACAAAUGGGGGUGGCUGGACGAGGAGAAAGAGAGGGAGUGCAAAGACAGGGAACAGCUGGGAUCAAUGCUAGGCAAGGUUAGAAAGUGACUGCUCGCCAGGCCCAGUUUUAGACAGCAUCUCCAAGACAGAACCCAUCUUCUAAGAUGGGUGUUGCUUCCCAGUGUCUUCUUUUCUGUGGUUGCAGCCUGACCAAAAGUGCGAUGGGAAAAAGGGCUUCUCAAGCCAAAAAGCUCUUUUUAGCUCUCUUAAAGGAAAAGUGCCCACUAAAAAGUUCCAUCUGACAAAUGAGUCCCUACCUGAACCCUCUAUUCUACAUGUGAUAGGCAGCACUGAAAAAUCCUCAACCCCAGGAGCCCCAGAUGCCCUGCAGGAAAUCAUCCGGAAGAGAGCAAACACAAUAGGGCUGCACUUUGUCUUCCUGGCUGCCUGUUCACCCCCCAAGCCCCAUUCCUCCGGAGCUUCGCAGCUGAGGUGCUAAGAGCAGAUAGGAGUUCUCUCCUCUCUAAUCCUUGAAAGCAGAAUCCUGGAGAUUCAUUCAACAGGUACAGAGUUGAUGCUCUGUAACCCUGCCUGGAUUUCUUUCUGUUCAGCUGUUAAGUGGUAAUAAGAUCUUGACAUAAUCAGAGCAGCUUCAUUGCCUUCUCACCCUCUCAAGGGCGCCCUCAUUUAUCUGGCUAAAGCAUCCCACAGUGGCACUAGUAUUAUGCCAAGAGUGUCAGGAACGCAGGGCUUUCUGGCUCCAGCAGCAUCACCUUCAGGAUCAAGGCUGCGUGGAAAAAGGAUAGCAGCCCCCAGGCUUUCUGAUUCCCUUCACCACAAGAAUCCCUUGAUGGAGGCCAUCCUUUGCCCCAUCCUGCUCUUUCCUUCCCCACUCCCCACACGACUUGGGCACCCAGGCUGGUUCUUGGGCUAGGCAGUGGGGACCAAGUUCAUUUCCUCCCUAUCAGUUCUAAGCCAGUGGACUAGACCAGUGUUAGUGGGAAAAGCUGAUUUCUCUGACUGUUCCACUGGAUCCUAUUCCUAUUCGGUCAACACUGCUUCCAGGUAUGGGACCUGCAGAGAGUGGAAAUACCUGCAGAAGAGGCAGAGGGAAACACAAGGAGGGCCUCGGGAGAUCCUGGUCUCAGUCAGCUGCCCACAAGCCAUAAACCAAUAAAACAAGAAUACUGAGUCACAGUUUUUAUCCGAGUCCUCUUCAUUCCCACUGCACUUGAUGCUACUCUGACUGGCUGGGAACACCCCAUGACCACAGAGACUGACAGGAAGAUUGGAGACUGUCCACUUCCGGUUCCGAACUUACUGUGUAAAUAAACUUCCAGAAUUGCUUCUAUGAAAUGAAAAUGCCACGUUCUGCUUUAUAAUUUUUGACCCAUGUUGGGGAAAACUGGCUUUCCCCAGCUCUUUCCAGGGCAUAAAACUCAACCCCUUCAUUAAUAAGACUCAUUGUCUGAUUUUUUUUCUUUUAAAAGAGAAAACUUGUACUUAUUUUUCUUUUCACAGUUUCUUCCUUUCUUACCCUGAAACCAUGAACUCUGAAGUGUAAAAAAAAUCUUGACCACAGCUUUUUGCUUGUAAAAAUAUGUACGAUAUAUUUCUAUUUUUAAAUCUAUGCCAGAAAAAUGACUGUGCCAUCUCCACUCACUCCAUCAGGGGCCUUCCCCAUGGGUCUGUGUGGCUUGUACCAAUGCAGGCCAGGGGACAGAGGGAAAAGGGAGAACAACGGUGGCCAAAACCUAAGUGUUGCUUUUGGAUGGAUCCUGAACAAGAAAGAGCAGAGAGUGAAGGGGCCCGGGGCCAUGCACACCUUCCACCACACUGUCCCCCUGUGGCGCUGGCUUUCCAGGGGCUUUCACUAGGAAGCAGUUAAGCCCCCCACCCCCUCCUCUUUUCUCUUUACUCCUUUGGUGUCAAGGAUUUGUGGAAAAGAAACAGAAUAUUCUUUAUACCCAUUUCUAAUUUCUAAAUUUUCAUGGGAUAUUGAAACAUACAGCGAGUGGCCCAAAGGCUGCUGCAAAGUUGAGGGGAGAUAAAAUCUGAAGAUUACAAGAUAAAAAAUGAAUCCCUCCCCCAAGUGAAAAAAACAAAGGAACUGGUCUUCCAGUUCCAUGAUGUUCAUGAUGUUCCAGCUAUCAUGUUCAUAAUAGCUACCAAACGGGAGACAUUAAUAUGUCAUGAACCAAAGAAAGUGGGUCAUCUGACCUCUACAGUGGGGAGUGUUCAGGCCAUUUCAAUCACCCUACAAGAUGCCAAGGAGAUCCCGGGAAAUCCAGCUCCUUAUACUGAUGCCAGUCAGUAGACCUGGGCAAGUGAGACAAGAGAGGAGAAAGAGUAUGUUCAUGACCUGACAGGCCAGGGUGAAAGACAAAGUAGGAAGAGUCAUAUAAACACAGAGGAGAGAAUUAUUUGCUCUGACAGGAAAAGUCUUUGCUACCCUCAUAUGUACUGCCAGUGCCGAUAAGCAUUUCCAGGUCCAAGAAUGGGAAAAAGUCAGCUGUUGGUAAUAUAAUAAUAUCCUUUCCCUGGAGCUAAGUUUUUAUUAAUGCUUAAUUUUUACUUGGGCUUUCCUGGUAGCUCAGCUGGUAAAGAAUCUGCCUGCAAUGCAGGAGACCUUGGUUCAAUUCCUAUGUCGGGAAGAUCCCCUGGAGAAGGGAUAGGCCACCCACUCCAGUAUUCUUGGACUUCCCUGGUAUUCUGAGCUGAGCCAGUAAUCUUGGCUCAACUGGUAAAGAAUUCGCCUGAAGUCAUUUCCUUUAAGAGUAAAGAUAAAAGGAUAGGAGAAGAUUCAAAGCUCUAAUAGAAACUCAGCUUUCCCAAGUAUAAACCUAGGAACUGGAAGUGCUCAGUACAGAGGUGGAAAAAUGACUCAGUUCCAACUAGCUAUCCACAGAACAAAUGACUUAUAAACUUGAAAUCUAACCUCCCUUCUUCAUAUUACUUUGGUCUCCAUUUUCUCCCUGACAGGACACAUGUCCCCAUAGCUUUCUGGCUUCAAAAAUUCAAACCUGUAUCCCAUGAUCAUUCUGGAAGUAAUUUUGCACAGACAUCUCCUCACCCCAGUGCCUGCCUGGAACUCACUCAAGGUCACCAAACAACUUGGUUGUGAACCAACUGCCUUAACCUUCAGGGGGAAGAGGGAAUAGCUAGACCAGGACACCGGAAGUGAAGGGGAAGAGGUGAGGACUUCACAAGCUUGGUCUGUGAGAGCCUGACCAGAAGCCAAGGCAGUGGUGGAAACAGAGGGCGUGGCCCAGAACAGACCUGUGGGCUGUGCUAGUUUCUACAGAGAUGACUACCCAGGAGGCAGAGUGGACAGAAGUCUGUGGGAGGCAUGGGGGCAAUGGGACCUGGUUACACUAUUAUUCUUGGACUGUGAAUUUUGCUGAUGUAAAACAGACUAUCUUGUAAACCUAAUGUCAUAUACAAAUAAUGAGUGUUAAUACAGUAAAACAUUCAAAAUGAAAA